UCUCUUUCUUGUAGUCUCUUAUUUUCUCCUUUGCUUCUUCUCCACGAUUGCUCAGUUCUACAAUGACUGACCAAAACACAGAUGCGCAUCCGGUGGUAGACUCUCCUUCGUCUUCAUAUCAGCAACUUCGACAGGAUACUCUCAGAGCGUACGAGACUAUGUAUGGCUCCUUGGACAAUCAUUACUCACUUGGAAACACACCGUUCUCUCCUUUGUCAGAUUUGCAAAUCCUAGAAUCGAGUUUUGGAAGAUUGAGUGUCUCGGAUCCAAACGCUCGUCAACAGCAACUACUUGAUCAUCGUCGAAGCAAUCAAUAUCCUUUUGACGGUCGAGAUCGAGGUAUGAAUGUAUGUGACUACCAUAACCCUUCGUAUUAUCUGCAUCCAACUGAACGAGAGCAGCUUGAUCAGGCUGCGCAGAGAUUGUUGUUUAGUCAGGAUAAUCAUUAUGAUGUUUAUAAGUCAUAUGAUAAUGGUUCUCAUGGGCGUAGCAACAGUGGCUUGACGGGUCGUCCUCCUUAUAUUGGCUUCAACGGAGAUCUAGGAGAGUUUCCUUUAACCUCACGUAAUCAUAAUUUAUGUGAUCAAAGCCCAUGGAGUUUUUCACAUGUGCCUGAAACCCGCACUAAUCGUCAUGAUCCCUACAGCAUGGAUAACUCUAGAGCUAAAGAUACCAUACUUUCACGUGCUAAGGACGCUGUGGAGUCUGCUAAGUUGCAAAAAGUGAUUGUAGAAGGUUCAAGGGACACAGUUCAUAAAAUAUUUGACGAGUUGAAAACACAUGUUUGUGAGCUGAUGAUUGACCCGGUUGGCCAUCAAGUUUUUCAAACGAUUAUUGAGAAAUGCACCAAUGAACAGACCACCCAGAUUUUGGAUAUAGUGAUUCAACAACCUAUUCAGUUUGUUAGAAUUUGUGGCGAUACUCAUGGGACUCGUGCAAUACAAGAUUUGAUGCGGUCUCUUUGUUCUGAAGAGCAAAUAUCCCGGUUUAUGCAAACUAUAUUCCAUGUUGCACUACUCUUGACUAAAAGCACAAACACGAACCAUGUGAUUUCGUUCUGCUUCCGUCAUUUUUCUCCUUUACAAACCCAUGUUAGUAUAUCUCUCUCUUGAUUACACUAAAUAUAUAUAUUCAUAUGUAUCUUAUUUUCAUAAAUAGUUUGAGUUUAUUUGUAUUUUUUACUGAAUUUUAUGUGGUCUAUUCUAUAGUGUCUUCUUCAAGUGAUUGUUCAGAAUUGUUAUCAAAUUGCACUUGAUCAGCAUGGAUGUUGUAUGCUUCAACAAUGCAUUGGAAAAUCCCCUCGAGAAAUAAGAGAUCCUUUGAUUAGUGGCAUACUCACUAACUCUCUGAGCCUAUGCAUAAACCGCUACGGGUAAAAUAAGAUGCAUGGAUUACAUAAAUAGCGUGGUUACAUAUUAAUUUUUGAUGUAACACAAUUAUAUUUUUAUUUGUUAGAAACUAUGCGGUUCAGUAUGUGUUGGAAAUGGAAAAUUGUCAAGUGGCAGCGUCUCUAUCGCAAUAUCUAGAUGGGCAUUACGUGCAACUCUCUUGUGACAAAUUUGGGAGUCAUGUUGUGCAAAAGUGUUUGGAAACUAGACAAUUUAACUCAAGGAGGAUCAUAAACGAGCUGAUAAGUGACAUUGAUUCAAUUCUUGUAGAUCGUUUCGGAAACUAUGUGAUUCAAACUGCAUGGGUGGUAUCUCAGGUAAGAAUUAAACAUAUUUUACAUAGUUUGUGUGUAUUUUGAAAAUCAUAAUGCUUUUUGUCUGUUUGUUUGUAGGAUGAUAUGCGGAAUAAAUUGUUGUAUCAUAUCAACAAGAAUUAUCCUUUAAUGAGGUACAACAUGUACGGAAGGAAAAUACUCGAGAAACUCAGUCUCUGAAUAUAGAACAACAUAUCAAGAGUAAGAUAUCGAGCCACUAUUAGAGUUAAUGUUUGGUGUGUUUUUUUCUUUUGACUUUGACUCAGUGUUGUCAAUUAGUGUUUAUGUGUUUUAUUUGUUACGUGUUUUCUUUUAGAUUUGUGUUGUAGUUUCAUUAGUCAUGGUAUUUUUAUAUUCAUCCAUCAAACGGGCUUGUAACUAUUAAAAGUCUUCUUGUGUCGAAUGCUUUCAAUCAUAAUUGUUUUCAAAUGUUAGUGUGUUUUUUUUUUUUUUACGCAUUAUUAUCACUGGUAAAGUUAGUGAUCUCAUUUUGUUUAUACGUUUGUAUCCUAAGUUUAAUCGUUUUUGAGUUUAGAGAAGGAGCGGCCCUGAAAUUGGCCUAGAGGAUAGAGAAAAAUCAUGCUUCUAAAUAAAAAUCAUCUACCAGGACAAUUAAAAUUUGCUCGUAUGGUUCAGUUAUGUUUAAGCAAACAUGAAAUAUUAGCAUACUAGUAUUACCACCUGUGCUAUGCACAGGUCAAUUCUCUGUUUCAAAAAUUAUUUGAUCAUCGUUUUAAUUUUCAAAUAAAGUGAAUGUUAUUUCAAAUAUUAUAUGAAUAAUAGCACGUAAUAUUAGAGGUACAUGCAUGAUAUAAAGCUGUCAAAAGGUCGAAACAAUAACUUUGAUAUCAUUACAAAAUUGAUACAUGUUUGUAGAAUUUUUCAUAAAUAAAUAAAAUAUAUACCAAAAUACAAAAUAUACUUGAAAUACAAUAUUUGAUGGUUAAGUACAGAGUAACAAAUGAUUAUUAGAAAUUUAUUAUUUAAGUUUGUUUAUAGUUUGAAAUUGACAUUUUAUGUUAAUUUACCUAACAUGUUUUUUCUUAAAAGCACACAUUUAACCAAAAUUAACCCACAUUAGUCAUUACUUAUUUUGAUAGUUUGUUUAAUUUAUCAGAUUGAAAUUUACAAAUUUAGUUUGCCUUUUAUAAAUUAAAAAAAAAAAUUGUUUAGCAAUAGUCAAGUGAUUCAACUUUGGAUUCAGAAAUGAAAGCUUCGCUAUACGUUCAACAAAU